AUGUCAGCAAAAUGUACUUGGUUUAUUCUCCCUGUUUUUUUGGGAUUCCUUUGUUAUCUAUUAUUUCUGGGAGGACAGAAUGAAAGUGAUGUUUUGCGGGAUAAGAAGACCGUUAAUGAUCCUUUGACCAAUCAAGCUUCUAAUGUUAAUCAUUCUAAUCAUCCAUUAGAAGAUAGCUAUUGUUGCUGUACAAUGGAGGAGAUUAUAUCAGGAACGGAAGUUAUAGCAUCACUUUUGAAUAAUAUAACGAGUCGACCAUUUUUUCGUUAUUUCAAAGUAAAUGUGGAUAAGCCAUGUCCCUACUGGGCUGUGCAACUUUUAUGCAUAAGCGAGGAAAACAGUUGUCAAGUUUGUUCAUGUGAUGCGAAUGAUGUCCCUGAAGCGCUUAAAUAUCCUCAUGAUAUGAGUGAUCCUUCUGUGGUUGAAUCUCGUGUUUCCUAUGAAGGAGAAAAACAUCCUAAUAUGGAUUUGUGGGGAGUCUGGAAAGAUAGUGAUUCUGAGGCUACAUAUGUUGAUCUUCUUCAGAAUCCAGAAGCCAAUACUGGUUAUUCAGGACCUAUGGCAUCCCGCGUAUGGCAAGCCAUUUACAAAGAAAAUUGUAUGACUGAAGUAAAUCAAGAAGGUGAUUCCACUGAGGAGAAAGAAUGCAAAGAGGUUCAAGUUUUCCGCAAAUUGAUUAGUGGAUUACAAACCUCUAUUACGAUGCAUGUAGCAGCUUUUUUUCAUAAGGAUAAAGAAGGAAAAUCUCCACUUAUUGCUCUUGGUUUACUAAAAAAUCCAAAUAUGUCAUUUUUACCGAAUUGUGGUAUGUACCAACGUAUUACGAAGUCUCAAGAGUAUAUUGAUAAUCUUUAUGUCUUAUAUCAAUUUAUUCUUCGUGCUCUUGCAAAGGCGAAAAAUGUGUUUUUGUUGGAUUUAAAUGCUUUUAAUUCGGGCGAAGGUGGUAAGGCAACUGACGAAGAUAAAGAACUGCAUAAAGAACUUCAAGAAUUAUUUAACGAGCAUUUAUUGUGUUCUUCAACAUUUGAUGAAGCUAGGUUUUUGGAAUCACCAAUGGCUCGUAAACUUAUUCCUCAAAUGAAUAGGAUGAUGCUGAAUAUUACAACUCUUAUGGAUUGUGUUGCUUGUGAAAAAUGUCGUGUAUGGGGAAAAUUGGAGACUAUGGGUCUUGCUACGGCAUUUAAGAUAUUAAUGUUAUCUUCAGGUGAUACUUUGAAACUGAGUAGAGGUGAGGAGGUUUCACUCGUUAAUUUUGCUCGACAACUGGCUAUAUCCGUAAAAAGUGUUCAUUCCCUUGCAACGGUUUGCAAAGAACUUGAAGGUGCACAAAAAAAGAGUUGA